AUGGUUGUGGCUAGGCCUACAGUAGGUACACAUGGGCAGCAACCCAGGUUGGAGAUUCAACCCAGUGGAUCGGUAGUUACUAAAGAGAUUGGAGGUAGCUUAGUUUUGACUUGUCGACCUAAGGUUCCGGAUCCUUCAUUGAAUUUACCUGGUGAACCUGGAAUAAUUUUAAUUUUUCCCAGUUUGACUGAGAAUCAAGCAGGAAAAUAUACCUGUUCCUGUUUUUAUGCAAAUACCGAACCGCUCAGUGCAUCUGUUGAAGUUACAACAUACGAGGAUAUCAGUUUUGUCGACGCUCCCGAAAACCAGUAUUCGGUCGUAGGUCAGGAUUUCAAUGUAAAAUGUAAAACUAAAGGAAACCCGACACCAACAAUUGACUGGAGCAAGAACAAUCAAGCAAUUCAAACCAAUGAAAAAUUCGUGGUCGAUACUGACGAAUUACUGAUUAAAAAUGUGACGGAAGCAGAUGACGGCGUCUACACGUGCACGGCUAUCGAAACGUUCACAGGACACUUCAAAAUCAGAAACAUUAAGGUUGAAGUUCAGGUUCCUCCAAAAAUUGAACCAAUAGAACCAGUAACAAUUAUAGAAGGUGACACUGCGUCGGUCAAAUGCUUGGCUACUGGCAAGCCUCCACCAACAUACCAAUGGAUUAAACUUAAAAACCGUGAAGAUUUAUCCAAUAGCGAUCGAUUUGAAGUAAAGAAAAACACAGGUGAACUUAGAGUAAACAGAAUCGAAUUCGAAAAUGACGACGGUUUAUACAAAUGUAUUGCUGAAAAUUCCAUAGAUCGAGUGGAAACAACGGUUAAAAUCAAUGUACUCGUAAGACCAAGGAUAUAUGAAUUAUUAAACGUUACGGCACCUAUAAGCAGGCAGACAGAGAUUAUUUGCAAGGCUUCUGGUAGACCAACUCCAAAAAUUACUUUUAGAAAACUAAAUCGAAAAGAUUCAUUCCAACUUGGUAGGCAGCCUGAUGAUGAUAGAGUAGUACUAGAACAGCUACGUAUAUCAGAUAAUGGCGAAUCUUUGGGAAAACUGAUAAUUUCAAACUUAAGCAGACCUGAUGAUGGACUCUAUGAAUGUAUUGCAGAAAAUACAGUGGGAAAAGCAUAUAAAAACGGUCAUAUAACUGUAGAAUUUCCUCCUACCUUCGCGAGAACCAAGGACUUACCACCUGUUUGGAGUUGGAAUAACCGACCUGGUAAUUUAACGUGCCUUCCUGAAGCCAUACCCAAUGCUACAAUUAUGUGGAAAUACGGAGACAUAGAAAUUCAUGACAAUAAUAAUUUCCAAAAAAUAGGAAAUGGCCCUGUCUCGUAUCUUAUAGUAAAACCAUACAAUGACAGGAGAUUUUUUACUCAAUACGAAUGUAUAGCUCAAAAUAAGUUAGGUUCAGCAAGCCUAAAGCUGAAAUUGAAACAAGCAUUCGUGCCAGAACCUAUCUCGCAAGCUAAACCAGAAUACAUAACCGCUACUAGUAUAAAAUGGAGUAUAAUUCCCGCUAACAAUUUUGACGGAUUACCGUUGAGGUCCUUUACAGUAAGGUAUAAACCGGAACGAGAAUUGUCGUGGGAUUUUGCCCGUAAUUAUACAUGGAGUUAUGGAGCUCCGUAUAUACUUGAAAAUCUCAUACCAGAAGAAACCUAUCACUUUCAAUUCGCUGCUAAAAACGAUGUUGGUAUGGGUGCGUUCGCAAAUGUCCAGACUAUACCCAUGCCAAGAAGAUCAGCUCCGUCAGAACCAAAAAUGAUAGUCGAAAACCACAGUAUUAAUGAAGGAAAUAAAGGGGAUAUUGUAGUACCUAGUCCUUAUGCUGAUCGUUUUGAAAUAAGGUGGAGUGUUCCGAAUGACAACGGCGAUCGCAUUACAAAUUAUUUUAUAAGAUAUUGUGUGACCGAAAAAGUAAAUGGAAAUUGGCGUGACAGCAACUGCGUGGAACAAAUUGAAAGAUCCAUUCAAUACACUAGUUACGAACUGCACAAUUUACAUUCCGAUACGAUUUAUAAAGUUGAGGUGCGCGCGCACAAUUCCAUUGGUGAUAGUUCGCCCGCACAAGUUAAAUUCAAAACAGCCAGAGGAUUUGAUCCCAUUGCACCCGUUCGUCAUCCUGCCAUGAGUAGUGCCGCUAUUAUUGGUAUAGCUGUUGCCGUUAUUAUCGUGGUUCUUAUCGUUAUGGAUAUCACCUGUUUCUUCAUAAACAAAGUGGGCAUUAUAGCUUUAUGCUUUAAUUCUCGAUCAAAACAAAGUGACGAAGACGAUCCUAAGUUGGGAAGGUAUGUUGACCUUAGUUUUAUGUAUUUUAUCGACAUUUACGAUUCAUAUUUAACUCACAUUUAUUUUACUUUAUUUUUAAUUUGCAUAAGAAAGGUGCUGGCAUUUAUAGGUAUAAUAAAACAGAAAGUUUGGUCUACAAUUUUAUUAUACUGCCGAAAUUCAAAAAUAGCACGGCAAAAUUGUGUAAAAUUUCUGUUGGUACUAAAUAAUAACCAGUCGAAAUGUACAAGCACUUUUACAGAUAUAUAA